GCUCCGCUUCUGACCGCACCACCAACUUGUCACCAAAGAUGGCGAUUUGCUGAGUGCUCAUGGAUACACACAUUUUACGGCUAGCCCUUAUCCUACCACAGACGUCCACUGUAAAAACAAAUUAACUGCUCAUCGAGCUCAUACUUCAUCGUCGGAAGAACGACGGGAACAACGUUGGCCACCGCCGCCAUGCAAAUCACACUAAAAACACUGCAACAGCAGACCAUUCAAAUUGAGAUCGACCCCGAACAAACGGUGAAGGCCUUAAAAGAGAAGAUAGAAGCAGAGAGAGGAAAAGACAAUUUUCCUGUGUCUGGGCAGAAGCUGAUAUAUGCUGGAAAAAUUCUUCAAGAUGACACGCAAAUUAAGGACUAUAAAAUUGAUGAGAGAAAUUUUGUUGUAGUCAUGGUGUCCAAGGCUAAGACUGCAGCUGCUGCUGGGGCACCUCCUGCUUCGGAAGCACUCAAACCUCCUGCGCAGGAUUCCGGUUCCACAUCAACAUUUGUUCCCACUUCAACCCCAGCACCAGCCCCAACAUCCACCCCUGCAACGGUCCUCACACCCCCCGAGGCGGUCAAGGAGGAGCCGAGUGAUACGGCAACAGAAACCCCACAAUCGGCCAGUUCCAGUGGAGGGAGCCAGGGUUUGGAUGCCUCUUCUGCACUGGUGACUGGAGCAGAGUAUGAAGCAAUGCUGAAAGAGAUCAUGUCUAUGGGCUAUGAGAGGGAGAGAGUGGUGGCAGCACUGCGGGCCAGCUUCAACAACCCUCACAGAGCUGUGGAGUACCUUCUCACUGGUCUCCCGAGCAACCCAAUCCAGGACACGAAUCCCCCAGCGCACACACCAGCAUCUGGACCCACAGAAGCGCCGUCUCUAGCAGAAGGAGAGAACCCCCUUGCAUUCUUGCGGACUCAGCCCCAAUUUCUUCACAUGAGGCAGGCCAUCCAGCAGAACCCAGCUAUGCUUCCAGCUCUCCUGCAACAGCUUGGCAGGGAGAACCCUCAACUCUUGCAGCAAAUCAGUCAGCACCAGGAGCUGUUCAUCCAAAUGUUAAACGAGCCAGUGGGCGAGGGUGGGGAGGCGCCGGAGGUCGGCGAGAUAGGAGCAGCGGGCGAGGAGGGUGCGCCUGUCAACUAUAUUCAAGUCACACCUCAGGAGAAGGAAGCCAUCGAACGGCUAAAAGCGCUCGGCUUCCCCGAGGCGCUCGUCAUCCAGGCCUACUUUGCCUGCGAGAAGAACGAGAAUCUGGCCGCCAACUUUCUCCUCAACCAGGGCCUGGAAGACGACUGAAGAGCUGAGAUGACGGCCGCCUUCCUGCUGCUCCCCUCCCACCCCUCCCCUCUUCAAAGACUGCACCCCCAAUUUACUGUACCGCCACCAACCUCAGCUCCACUCAUCAGGAGGGGAGAGGGAGAGGGGGAGGUGGGGAGCCAGAAGGGAGAGGGGUGGGGUGGGAUGGGAUGGGAUGGGCUCAGGUUAGGACUAAACAAGAUGGAGGUUGUGUGCAGGAAGGUCAGACUUAAUGAUACGUUAGCUCAUGGAAGGUCGUGUGAAAGAGAGUGGACAAAUCCACGUGAAUUCCAAUGGAAUGUGUGGGCUUUGUUUGGGGACAUCCACAAUUUGAUUUUAGAUGCGCUUUGUGAACAUUAAAGGGGGCUGAAGUUGCUGCGCUAAGUGUGCGUGCGUGCGUGCGUGCGUGUGUGUGUGUGUGUGUUUGUUUGUGUAUACAUGUCUGCGUGCCUGUGCAGAUGUGAUACAAAUACGCUGAAGUAAUCAGUUUGCGUUGCCUAAGUUCGUUAAUGCUGUAGAUGAGCACAUUCGUCCCCUCUACAACAUGAUCAGCAUAUGUUAAGCACCCCGUUUGUGUCCAACACUUGGGGGGCACGGAAUCAACUGACAAUAUUUGAUCUUCUCUUGUAUGUCCAAUUCUAUCCAUGCCAGCAAGAAAGACGGCAGCCAAUCUGAAUUCUUGCUGCGACCACUCUUCCUUCAGUAACCCAAAUGAACUAUGCGGAUAGCUUCUGGUGCACACAAAGUCCAGGAAAAGCUACUCUGCAACUUAAAAAGUGAAAUUAAAAUGUGUUCUACGGUUUCAUCUCCUAAAAUUACACUGCAAGUUCAUUGUAUUUUAAAAGGAUUAGUAAAUGCUUAGAAACAUGAUUCCCCCCCGCAGUUGAUGUAAGAGACCCUUUCAACGGACAGAUCCCGUUCUAUGGGUUGCCCGGAGUAGACUCAUAAUAUGACAUUUCAUAUCGAAUUAUUACACAUGAACUGGACCUAUUGGAGCAGUGACUCUCAACUGCUGGGUCAGGACCCAGAAAUGGGCCACGGACGGCUAGUAAAAAAAGCACGUUGGUUGUGUUCGCAUUCAGAUUUUUUUGUUACAGUACCGAGGGGAAGCAAGUUCCCACGUGGAAUAUAUUAGAUAAAUGACAAGAAAAGUGACUCACUUGUGCUCUCGUCACUCGUUGACUUCGUAAACAAAUACAGAGCAGCUCAGCGUCUGGCGAGCGGGGAACACGGCUAGCGGUAUGCUUUUGGCGUUUUGCCGAACUGAUUUGAAACGGCAUUGAAAAAGAUAAACGGAGGCUGUUUUUAAUUAACAAAAAAAUAUCCACAGUCGAGAACCGCUGUAUUAGAGCGAAGGCCCGGUAAAUUCCGUGACACGCGACAACUCAUUCAUUGUCAUGGUUAAGGUAAACGUUUAUUCUGUCCCAAAGGUUCUUUCGUAAUCAUUUACUUUAUCAGUUCUCCUUCUCAGAACCAUGUGUGGUAAAGAGACAUCAAACGAGAAUUUGUUUCAUUUCAGGUUGACCCAGUUUGGAAUAAAGUGCAGUACGGUUCUGUUUGUGAGUUUUGAAUCUCAAAAUUCAUCCCGAAGAUCGACUACUCUGAAAGCGGUCCACUGCAGGGUUGUCAUACUGUCCCGUCCAGGUGGAAUGACUGUCAAACUUUGCGCCUCACGCUACCAAACUGGCCGGGUUCUGGAAUGAGGUUGCGUGGUGGUUUUAUUGGUUUCUUAAUGUUGAACACAUUGUAUCAGAUAAGAGCAAAUGUUCACGGUGUGAUUCUGUACGUGUGAGGGCAGUUUGUGCUUGGCUGUCUUCGCAGCAUCAACAUGAUCUUGGACUAUGCUGUGCUACAUUAAAUAUCAGCAGUCUUUCA